ACUGAAGAACUUCAGAAGUUGCUAGCUGAAGUCUAUAACUUUUUUACCAGACCAACUUUUCCUGUAUUUGCUGUGGUUCUUACAAUUAAGAUACUGACACCAGAGGGACGGUCCUUCCCCCUUCCCAUCCUCCAGGUCAAUCCUGCCUUCUCUGCAGCACCCAAGCGCUGAAGUGAGAGAGUAUGCCUGUGCCAGUAUUUCCAAGCUGUUGCAGCAGAAGCAUGUAAUCCCAGCCUUUCUGCAGAGAGACGUCGUCCGGUGCUUAGGACCGUUGUUGAUGGAUCACAGCUUAGCUGUUCGCGAGACAGCUGCAGGUGCUCUCCGAAAUCUGAGUGCUUGUGGAGGAUUUGAAGUCUGUGAUGACAUGGUGACAAAAGACAUCAUGACACCCCUUGUUGCGCUUCUGAAAGAGUGUAGCACUGGACUAGAUGCUAACCAGCUCUCUCCAAAGAAAUGCAGAGAGAUGAACAAAAAUUAUAUUGAAGACAUAGCCAAUGAGGCUAUUAAUUUGCUGUGGAAUGUAUGUGAAUGCAACAAUACUGCAGUAUCCAUAUUCAAUAAAGAAGGAUGUCUGGAGGCUGUGUUACAUUACAUGAAGAAAUUUUCCACGAAUGUGGAUCUGGCUAUUUCAGUAGCAAACUGCUUGCAGGCAGUGACAGAAGAUAAUCCAGAUCUUCUUUCUUCAUUCAAUGCUUCUGCCCAACAAGCAUUGGAAACAGUGAUGUUGUGUCCAGAGAGCACAAUGAAGCAUAUCCUUCUGAGAACACUGAUAGCAGGCACUAUCUGGAAUAUCAAGGAUACCAUUCCACCAGGCAGCCUGGGAAGCAUGGUUAAUGCAAUCCUGAAAAUUUUUUCAGAAUCAUUAGCAAUAGAUGCUGGCGAAACAAUUAUUUGUAUGAAUGAAGCUGAAAAAAAAAGGUUAAAACUUGCUGCGGAGGCAGAAACUGAGGAAAACAUAACUGAUGUUAUAGACAACUGUGUUUUGAUUGAAGAUGAUGACAUGGAAGAAAUACCAAAAGGAAAAGUGAGAAGAGAAAAUGACAUUUCAGACCUACUUCCAUCUGAUAAGUGGGAACUGAAAGAAGUGACAGCUUUACUGAUGGCUCAGCAGACUGCUCUGGAAAUCAUUGUUAAUAUGUGCUGCAGUGAAGAUCCCUCUGAUGACGAAUGGGAAGAACUCUCCAGCAGUGAUGAAAGCGACUUAUUUAUGGAAAACUCAUACAAUGAGGGGGGUGGGCUGCUAAUGUCACCUCUGUGCCUCUCUGAUGAGGUUAACUCAGCAUUUCUGAACAACCUCAUUCCAAAGAAGAUUCUUGAAAAAACUGCUUUUCCGAACAGUGUUGCUCUAGACAUCUGUAUGCACAAUCCGUCUUGGAAACCAUUAAUUAAAAAACUGAAUGCAGUGCAGUGUAGAGCUUUAACGUGUCUUCAUAGCAUUUUGUUAGUGUCGGAUGUGGAUUGUCUUGGAGGAGCUGCAGCACUUCAGUCCCUUGCACAGCAUCUCUCGCAGCUAGUUUUUUCUAAAACGGAACUCCCUACAGACACAGAAUUCUUGGAAGCCAUAACCAGCGCUUUGAGGGCUCUCCUACAAACAAUGGCAUCAAAGAACAUCUCCCAGUGUAUGACUCCUGAGCAGCUAUUGGCUUUAUGUGAAGCUGGUAUUCACAGCACCAAUGCCAGUGUUAGAGUGAAUGUAGUGAGCAUCCUUGGAAUUUCUGGCAGCGUCCUAGCAAAAGGACAAGAUACAGCUGAAACACUAAAGAUGAUUGGAAAAUUUCUUCUUGAGGUGGCUAUGAAGGAAUCUUCUCUUGUGGUAGCAGGGGAAGCCUUGGAUGCACUUUUUGAUGUAUUUGCAGAUGGUAAAGAAGCAGAAAAGGCGGCAGUAGAGAUCAAGUUGCUUCCAGCACUGAAAGAAUUCCAGCCAGUGUUCAAAAUGAGGAUGCGAAAAGAAGGGAAAAGACAGUAUAGUACAGAUCAACUGUGUGUUCUUGACAACGUGAAGAUGAAUUUGAGAAGAUUCAUUGCGUAUCAGGAGACACUAGGGAAAACCCCAACUUGAAACAUCGAGGAACUUUAAACUAAGGUUUCCCUUACUGAAUAAUGUUUUCCAAAAUAUAACUGUUUUGAACUUCUGAAAUUUAUUGAGUAGAGCAGUUUUGCUUUCAUGUUAAUAUUGCAUUUUUUUAUGUUCAGUAUUUUUAUACUUCUGGGUUGAUGCAAUAUGAAAGUCACAUCAGCAUAAAAGAAACAUAGCAUACUUUGAGAUUAGGAGUUAGCCGUGGUAAGAAUGUGCUCUUGCAGUCCUGAGGUCUGUACAUAGCACCGUCAUUGUUUAGAAAUCCUCAGUAUCCUGGCGGCAAACUAUAAUUGCAUGAAAAAGUAAUUUAGAGAAUACUCUCGGUUAUGUGCCAGAUCAAGAAAAGAAUUCUAAAAGCUGAAGAUAUUUUUCAGGGAAUCAAACAGUGGCAGAAUGUUACUAUUUGCUAUUUGCUCUUUCCUAUUUCUAGAAUUGCACAGGCACUUAUGGCAAGCUUCCCAAGAGAAGCGUGUGACAAGUGUGUAGAUUACUGUCAGCACUUGGAUCUGUUACUUCAUGAGGUUCAUCGAAGAGAAAACUGUUUCAGAUUCAUUUAUGAUAAAUUCAGUAUGAUAGCUUUUUGCUGUGGAAAUCAGUGUAAGGGGAUCCUACGCUUAUACGCAGCUCCCUGUUUUUAUUUUGAUUGGUAUUUCUGACAAUCAAGUCUCCUGAUUUACUUUUCUUCCUUGUAAUUCUACAUCAGGAUGAAUUUGAAUUUGGGGAAGUAGUAAACCUAAUAAAAAGUAUUUUUUUUAUACUGAGGUAAUAUCUAAAGUAACUUUAUAAUUGCUUAAAAUAUCUUUUCCAAGUAUUUGUGGUAGAGAUUUUUAAGCUGUAAAAUACAGAAACUAUUUUCAAAAAAUGUCAUUGAUUCAUGAAGAUUGUAUGCCAACUUCCAUAUAUCAAGAGCUUUGGUUUUGUUUCUGUGAAUGAGAUCCUCUUGUACACAUUUUUUUAAGGAAAAAACCCACAAUCAAACAUAAAAGCAUUUUGUUAUGCUGAUUUUUGAAAUGAGAGUUCACCCCUUUCAUCUUAACGUGCUGCCUUGGCACAGACAUCUAGUUUUUGGCAAAAUAGUUUUUGGCAAAAUUUUGCCCAUGGUAUUAGGCAUGGAACUACAAAGACAAAAUUUGCUUGGUUAGUUAGGUUUCAGCCUCUUAGAUUGGAAAGCAGGCUCAGGAACUGACCAGUUAACUUGCAAAUGACUGACUUCAUGAAAUCCUGACAUAUGGUAUUUUGUCAAAUGCAAGACAAAGUGAAAAAUUAGUUUAAGCAGCUGUACUGCCUGGAAGUCCUGUUACUGCUCUUACUUUACGGGAGUUGGAUGAAACGCGUGAUGUGAUGCUAUGCCUGCUAAUCAAAUACGUGAGUGAGGGUGUGGGAUCAGGAAGGCUCAAGGGCCAUUGAGAUUGGCCAGGUGAAGUCCUGAGGAGCACGGGGCGGUUAAAAGGUUAUCCUGGGAUUUGGCAGGGGCAGGCAGUGAAGAGGGCUGGAGUGUAACAGCUGAAGAAAGAGUAGCUAGGUGGAUUAUGGCAUAUGACUGCACAGUGCAUGGAUUUUAAUCCCAAUGUUAGUUAUAUUUGCUGUACACUGAGGAUAGUAUAAUAUUAGCUUGUUAAAAGGUAUUAGCAUUUGUUUGGAGCACUUAAAAGGACUUUCAUACAGAAAGUUUUGCUCUUAUUUCCUGGGUGCUACAUUGAAUUGCGGGAUGAUCUAGGUUGGAAAGGAUCUCUGGAGAUCUCUUAGUCCAGUCCCCUGCUCAAAUCAGGACUCACUCUGGAGUCAGAUAGGUUGUGCCUAAGCCCUGAGCACCUCCAAGGAUGGAAAUCCCACAGCUCUGGACAGCCUUCUCCAGUGCUUGACUACCCUUGCUGUGAACACUCCCCGCCCUCCCCUCCCUCCCACUAAGUUCUCCUGUACCUAGUAGGGCUUCCCCCUGCUGCAGAAUGUGCCCUAUGUCCUUUGACUGCACACCACCAUGGAAAGUCUGCCUCCAUCUCCUCUUACAACUGCCACUUGGUCAUUGAACAUAAUUAUAUUCCCCACUUCUCCAGGCCAAAUAAACCCAGCUCCCUCAGCCCAGCCUUUUACAUCGCGUGCUUUAGCCCUCUAACCAUCUUGGUGGCCUUCUGUGUGACCUGCCCUACUGUGUCUUAUACUGGGGGCCCUGAAACUGGACACAGUAUUCCAGACGUGAUCUCAUGAGUGCUGAAUAGAGGGAAGUAAUUGGUUUUCUUGACCUGCUGGCCAUGCUCCCGCUAAUGCAACCCAUUAUUUGUUAGCCUUCAUCACUGCAAGGGUGCACUGCUGACUUCUCUUCAACUUAUUGUCCACCAGGACCCUUAGGUCCUUCUCUACAAAGCUGCUCUUUGGUCAUUCAGUGUAGAGCCUGCUCUGGUUUAUGGGAUUACUCUGUCCCAAGUGUAGCACUUUGCAUUGUACAUCAAGUGUAGCAGUCAGAAUCUGCUUCCUGGGGACUGUUAGAACAAUUAAGUACGUUAAUUUUUGCUUAGGAAUUUUUUUUUUUUAGGUUACUAAUGAGAAGGAACAUUUAAUCUUCAAGUAUGAAUCUGAAAGUUGUAGGUAAAUAUAUAGAAGAUAGGGCAUCUGCUAGGAAACCUCUUUUUCUUAAUAUCGUCUAUCAGACCCUGUUUUAUUCCUUCAAGUGAAAAGGCAGAAUGUCAUUUAAAUCUUCAACUAUUCCUGUAGCAGAAUGCAUGGAUUUUUUUUUUUUUUUUUUUAUUUUGCUAUGCUCUAAUCAGUUGAAUCAUUUAAAAAAAUCAUUUGUGUCAUAAUAAGAUAGGUGCAUAGCAUGAACCAUAUCACUUGCGGAAGUAUAUGAUUUUUAGUGCUUAAAAUAUUUGCUUCUAUCUUCUGGUACGCAUGCCAUUUCUACUUAACAGCUGAAGGAGAAAUAAGGACAUGCAAAGGCAUUUUGGUUUCUUGUGAGUUUGUACUAUAACAUACAAAAACUAAAAUAAUCCCUUCACCUUUAUGUCAUGGGAGGAGGCUGGAGCACUUUAGUGGGCCUGUUUGGCUGAGGGCACGAAAACACUGACAAGCUGGUGGCUCUAUCUCCAGCUCAACAGAUACGUUUGAGUUGAUAGAGGGGUAAGCUGUAGCUCUUGGGAGGUGUUUUUGCUGUUUCAUUAACCUCAUUGCUAAUAUUAAUGAAGCUUUUUAGAUGUGGUUUCCUAACAUCCCAUGUUGUAAGAACUUUGACAAAGUUUAUUGCCCUUACCAGUGGCCCGUAGCAAAACGGAGCCCUCGUCUUCCUUUGGGGUUUCUGUAACAUUCUAGUUAUCAAAUAAUAAUUAGCCAACUGCAUAUUUUGUGGCCAUACUUUUAUUUUUCUGAAUGAGAAAGUCUUACUCUAGCACCUGCCUAGCUACCAGUUUAGUGUAAUGUGCUCUUGGUGUCUUGUGACUGAGGGAGAAGGAAUAAUUUUGUAUGUUAGUUUAGAGACCAUGUUCUGCUUGUAUGGGACAAGAUAGAAGUUAAUGGGAAAAGCAUGGAAGACUUUUGUCUAUGGAAGACAAGGCAAAUUAUCAGUGAUUUAAAGAAGUGUCAGGUUGAGGCCUAAAACCAGAAGAAAUUUAUAAGUAGAGAAGAGCUAAGCUGUACGAUUGGGACUGUAACAGUUGUUCUGACACAGUUAAGGAAAAUGAAGGCAGCAGCAGAAGUGAUGAUGUGGUGCAAAUUAAAUGUUCUGGGGGCUCUUUUGGCACUGGUUUAUUUAAAUAGGCUUCGGGUAAGCUGAAGACAAGAUCCUUGACAGCCUACAAAGGCAAAGCCAGAUCUUGAAGAUACCUUGAAGGUGUCAGAAAUUGGACUGAUCUAGACAGUGUGCAGCAUAAGUAAAUAGAUGUAAGUCAUCUUCAUCAGUUCAUGUAAUCACACAGAUAAGACUGAUAUCAAAACAGGUAUCUGAAACGGAAUUUGUUUGCUUAUCCUGGUCCUUAAGGCAUCAUCUGUCUCUCUGUGCUUCAAUUAAAAAACUGCAAUCCUUUGAAAAUAUGGAUUGCUGCUUUAUUUGUCUGUCUGACGCCUAGGAGAACAGAAUCUGGCUCUGGGUUGAGAUUUUAUACCAAAAUAGAUGCUGAAUUUAAGUCGGUCUAUGGUAUUGAGUAACAAGGGCUGUGUGCUCCCCAACCUGUUCAGACACAGGAGGACUGGUGGCAUUUGCUGCUGCUUUGGCCUCUCUGCAGCCUGCAAAAUACUGAAUCCCCGACUGUGUAGAUAAGGAGUUAUCAUUGCCAUGUGAUUUUAUUUUUGCUCUCUGUGAAAAGAAACAAGUGGCGAGAUUUAAAUGAGCGUUUGUUGUGAUGUUUUUCUUAUAUGUCAUGCCUUGACAUUCACAAGAUGGCUGUAUACCACAUUAUAGUUGAUAGUUUUAACUAUUUGGGGUUUGUGGUGAAGGUAUUUUUUUGUACAGUUUGUAUUUUUUAAAGAUUGUCAUCUCAGAGGAAUAACUUUAACCAGUACUACUUGGCUUGGUUUUACAUUUGUAUUUUGAGAGAAAACAAAAAAAAAAAUAAAAUCAGAGCACAGUAGAAUUACAAAAUGAGAACUGUGUCAGAGAUUAAUUUAAAAUCCAUUUGUAGUUCAGGUAUUAUAAAUGAAAUGUGUAUCUUGUGGAAUAUUAACAUAAAACAACCAAUCAAAAAUGCGCAUAAACUCAAGUUCUGAUUCCUUAGUAGUUUUCAGUAAAAGCAUUCCCAUCUAGCCUUACAUUUACUGUUGCAAAUUCAAAUUCAGGCAAUGGUAGUGGUAAUUGAAAAUAAUGUAAUUGUUCCUUUCUGGCACAGAUGAGUUGAGCAAACAAUCUGAAUAUAGUUUGCGCUGGACGUACUGUUAAGAUAUAGAACAUUAAGAUAAUUGGCAAAAACUGACAACUCUGACAGUUGCAGCAGAUUAAGGAACUUAAGUUUGUCCACAAGGCUGAAACAUGGUGAGCCUUUCUGUUUGAAGAUGCUUUUACUGUUUACGAGUGCUGGGGUUUUUUUGUCUAAUUCCCAGAUAAAUUCAAACCAUAAACUUUUGUACCUUCUGGGGAAAACAGCAUGCAUUUAAAUCAAUUCACUCUGAUUUCAUUUUGUUUCUGCAUUAUUUUCAUAAGUUUCUUCUUUCUGUGAGAGGCAUUUUGUCAGACAUAAUUCAGUGACCACAUAAAAACAUAGGUUGAGACUUGCACACAAAGGAUAUGGUAAGAUGCUUUUUUUUCUUUCAAAUCUGGGUGUCAGGGACUCCUUGCAUUACUGUUAUAUUAAGGGCUUAAAUCAAAAUGCUUGUGAACUGAAAUAAGAUACCAUUGUAAUAAUCUGCACGCUGUUAGAACAAUUGUGGCCGCUGUGCGGUCUCAGCACAGUGGAGGGUCCCGAUGCAGCCCUGGGGUUGCGAGGCGCUCAUGUAAAUACCUAUACCACUUUUAAAGAUGCAUCGGGAUUUCGGUGUACCUUCUCCUGGGUUUGUAUUCCUUUUUUGUCAAAAAUCCUGGUGAAGAUUCUUGGUUUCUUUUCUCCUCUGAUGUGAUUUUUUUUUUUUGAACUUUUAAGGAAAAUUGCAUUGGCCUCUUCCCUCCUCCCCGCCCCUUGAUGGAGAGUAAAAGGCACUUCCAGAAUUUAACUGAAGAAUGGCUGAUUCAGCUAGAAAAUGCAUGACGUUUCUAAAUAACCUUUUCUGAGAAGUUCUCUUUUUAGUAAGUA